AUGAAGCGUAAAGAUCCGAAGAAAACCAUGUUAAGAAAUCUCCCUCUCCCUCCCGGACCAAAACCCUGGCCUCUAAUUGGAAACAUACCGGAGAUACUACGGAGGAACAAACCGGUGUUUCGUUGGAUACAUUCCCUAAUGGAAGAACUCAACAGUGAUAUUGCAUGUAUCCCUCUCGCCAAUACUCACGUGAUUCCCGUGACAUCUCCUCGUAUUGCACGUGAGAUUCUGAAGAAGCAAGACUCUAUUUUCGCCACUAGACCGCUAACUAUGGGCACCGAGUACAGCAGCCGCGGGUACUUAACCAUUGCUGUGCAGCCACAAGGCGAGCAGUGGAAGAAAAUGAGGAGAGUGGUGGCAUCUCACGUGACGAAUCAAAAGAGCUUCAGAUCCAUGCUCGAGCAGAGAACCGAAGAGGCUGAUAACCUUGUCCGUUACAUCAAUAACCUUUGUAAUGGUUCGGAAGGUAUUGAUAUUAGGCACGUGGUGCGGCAAUACAGCGGCAAUGUAGCUCGGAAGAUGUUGUUUGGUGUAAGGCAUUUUGGUAAAGGAAGUGAAGAUGGAUAUGGUCCGGGGUUCGAGGAGAUUGAACAUGUUGAUUCUUUGUUUAAGGUUGUAACGCAUCUUUACGCGUUUGCAUUGUCGGAUUAUGUCCCGUGGCUAAGGUUCUUGGACUUGGAAGGCCAUGAGAAGGUCGUGAGUGGUGCAAUGAGGAAUGUCAGUAAGUACAACGAUCCUUUUGUGGAUAAAAGACUCGAGCAAUGGCGUGAUGGGAACAUGAACGAGCCUCAAGAUUUUCUUGACAUGCUUAUAUUGGCUAAAGACACCAACGGGAAGCCUGCUUUGUCGGAUGAAGAGAUCAAAGCACAAGUGACGGAAUUAAUGUUGGCGACGGUGGAUAAUCCAUCAAAUGCGGCAGAGUGGGCUAUGGCGGAGAUGAUUAACGAGCCAAGCAUCAUGCAAAAAGCCGUUGAGGAGAUCGAUAGAGUAGUUGGUAAAGAACGUUUUGUAAUUGAAUCCGACCUCCCAAACCUCAUCUACUUAAAAGCUUGUGUAAAAGAGACGUUCCGGUUACAUCCAGUGGCACCGUUCAACCUCCCACACAUGUCAACGGCCGAUACAGUGGUUGACGGUUACUUCAUUCCCAAGGGAAGUCAUGUGCUGAUAAGUCGCUUAGGGAUCGGGAGAAACCCUAACGUGUGGGAUAAGCCGCUUAGGUUUGAUCCUGAAAGACAUUUGGGUAAUAACAAAAGCGUGGAGCUGAAUGAUCCUGAUCUCAAUAUAAUAUCGUUUAGUGCGGGGAGAAGAGGGUGCAUGGGUUCGAAUAUUGGCUCAGCCAUGACGUACAUGCUGCUGGCUAGGUUGAUUCAAGGGUUCUCGUGGUCAUUAGUGCCUGGUGAAGAUAAAAUUGACGUUUCGGAAAGCAAGAGUGACCUUUUUAUGGCGAAGCCUUUGCACGCGGUUGGAAAACCUCGUCUGGCUCCACACGUUUACUCAACCUAA